AUGGGUGAUCAAAACCCCCCACCAAACCUUCAAGUUCAAGCUAUGAUGGAUGAAAUGCGACGUUUGAUGACAAAUGAAUUUAACCAAGUACAUGAAAGAAUGGACCGAAUGGAGGCACAAGUACAAAGAACUCGAUCUCGAGCAUCAUCACAGGUUUCUAACGGGGAAGAGGAGGAUGAUGGUUGGGAACCUGAAAGGCGACCAAAUAGAAGGAGGUCACGAAGAGAUGACAAUUUAAGUUCUAUUAAAAUGAAAGUUCCUUCUUUCAAAGGCAAGUCAGACCCGGACGCGUACAUUGAAUGGGAGACAAAAAUGGAGUUCAUAUUUGAUUGUCAUGAAUAUUCCAACCGUAAGAAGGUAAAACUAGCCGUAGUUGAGUUUUCUGAUUAUGCACUAACAUGGUGGGAUCAACUUCUAAUCACUAGACGGAGAAAUGGAGAAAGGCCUAUUGAGACAUGGGAUGAAAUGAAGAGUGUCAUGCGAAGACGGUUUGUGCCAAGUCAUUACUUUCGUGAUCUCCACAAUAAACUUCAAAGCUUAAAACAAGGCAGCAAGUGUGUUGAUGAUUACUUCAAAGAAAUGGAGGUUAUGAUGGUUCGUGCCAAUAUUGAGGAGGAUCCUGAGGCAACCAUGGCCAGAUUCUUAAAUGGCUUAAAUCUUGAAAUUCGUGAUCGCGUUGAGAUGCAACAUUAUGUUGAAAUUGAAGACAUGGUCCAUAUGGCUGUUAAAAUUGAGAAACAAUUAAAAAGAGGUGGCGGGUCUCGAAAUAACACUUGGAAGGCUAGUACUUCAAAAAAAUCAGAAAAUACACCUACUUCUUCUUCUAAUUCCAAAUCUGAUCCUAAAACAACAAACUCUUCAAAAGGAAAAACUGAUUCUUCUACUUUUAGGAAUCGUGACAUAAAGUGUUUCAAGUGUCAAGGAAGGGGUCAUAUUGCAAGUCAAUGUCCAAAUAAGCUUACCAUGGUGGUUAGAGAAAAUGGCGAGAUCGAAACGGAUGAAUCAGAUUCUAUAGUUUCAACGGAAGAUUGUAGUUAUGAUGAAGAGGUGGCUGUUCAAGGUGAUUUGUUGGUUGCAAGACGAGCUCUAAACAUUCAAUCCAAGGAGGGAGACGAUGCCCAAAGGGAGAAUAUAUUUCAUACUCGUUGCUAUGUUCAAGGCAAGGUAUGUAGUGUUAUAAUUGAUGGUGGGAGUUGUACUAACGUUGCAAGUACUUCCAUGGUUGAAAAGGUGGAAACCGCGACCCGUUGUCUAUAA